UCAAAUGAAAGAAAACGACAAAGAAAACAAAAUAUAGGUGUAAAAAUUUUGCUUUUUUUAGGCGUGUAAAUCUGAGAGAAAUUGAUUUAGUAAGUAUUCUAACUAAAUACUUCUUCAGUCAAAAUUUGAACAUUUUACAUUUAAAACAUAUAGAUAGCAUAUAAAAAGUAAACUUCAAAUGUACUACCUUACUUUUAGUAUGGCCAAAUCUGAAUUCUUCCCUUACCCCUAUAGCUUCUCCCUACCCCAACAUUUGCUGUCAUCAAUAGUCGCCAGUCACGCUUCCUCCAGCUCUUAAUGGAAACUACAUACCAACCUUGGUUUUAUAACUUGAAAGAAUCAUGUUAAAACAAAAUGUCAUUACUUACAUUUAACUGUGAACUUCUGUGCGUUAGAGCGCACCAACGUGAAGAAAUGUGUUUUUCUUAAGCAUUGUGGAUAAAAAGCCCCAACCCCUUCCCCUUAAAAAAAAAAAAAAAUGUUCACCACUACAACUUCAAUUGCCCCUAAAAUUGGAGAGAUAGGAAGAAGCCGUAGGAUUUCACCUAAGUGUAUUUGUACUGUAUUAGACUUUUCCCCCUAAGUGUUGUUUGUUGAAUUAGAUUUAUUUUUGCCCAAAAGUGUAAGCCCACAGGGGAAAAAAACAUUAUCUAUACACAACUUACUAAAAUAAUAACAUAAAAUAUUAAAAUAAAAACCUAGAAAAUAAAAAUAAAAAUACGUCAUUUCCGGGACAGCCACACGCGGAACUUUUGAUAAACAACCGUUUCCCACCGGACCGCGGGUUUGUAGUACACUGCUAAAACCCAUUAGCAGGAAACGAAUAAAAUAUUCGUUCAUCAUGGCAGAGACACACAGCUUGCAGGACUUGAGACAGCAGGCAGCCGUUGCUGCCAAAGUCUUCAUUCAGAGAGAUUACACCAAUGGGACGCUUUGUCAGUUCCAAACCAAGUUCCCUUCAGAGCUGGAGACCAGGAUUGACAAACAGCAGUUCGAGGAGACCGUGAGGACGCUGAACAACCUUUACGCAGAGGCGGAGAAGCUGGGCAGCCAGUCGUACAUUGAAGGGUGUCUGGCGUGCCUCACAGCUUAUACCAUCUUUCUGUGCAUGGAAACGCACUACGAGAAGGUUCUAAAGAAGAUUGCAAAGUAUAUUCAGGAGCAGAAUGAUAAAGUCUACGCACCGCGAGGCCUCCUCCUCACCGACCCCAUCGAAAGAGGCCUGCGAGUCAUUGAGAUCACCAUCUUUGAAGACAGGAGUCUGACUCAAUAAGAAAAGCAUACGCCGCUGUUUGUCUGAGCAGAACUUCAGGAUGUGCAUGGGCUCAGCAGCAAAGCCUUAAGGAACUCCGAGGCCUGCGACCUUAAUACAGCGUCUCUACAAUCUGUCCGCAUCGCUACCCAUAACGUGCAUGUCUUAUCCUGAACGCCAUGGUUUCCUUUGCACACAAAAGCAUUCUUUGUUUUCUCUCUUUAGUGUUGUCAUUGUUUCAGAAUGUGUAUUUAUCUACAAGAAAUAGACGUAAAGGGUAAAUCUACCUCAUUUUAAUUUUAGGGGGGAUUCCCCUGUCUUUUAUUCUGUUGUGAAAUUAGAUUUUUAUUUUUUUUAUGUUCAGUUUUUGGUUGUCUAAACUUUUAUCAGUACUGAAGUAGAUUCUCCAGACUUUUUGUGUGCUGUCAACUUUAUUUUUAAUGAUUUUUUUCUUUGCUAAAGCGUUUAACCCUUUAACACCUGAGGCGUCACGGGUGAUGCUUAAAUACAAAAUCUUUCAUUUACUGUAACUUUUCAAUCGUUAACAUGAUAAUUCCAGUAGAUAGCGUCGAGCCGCUUUUCUCCUUCAGAAUCUACUGGAAUUAUCAUGUUAAGGGUUGAAAAGUUGCUGUAAAUCAAAGAACAUAAACUGGCGUUUAACACAUGCAAACAAAUAGUUAAACUCUUACAAAAAUAGCACAUUUAACAUAAAUGUAGAGAUUUAUUUCCAUUCCCUCAGUGAGUAAAUAUUGUUUUUUCGAAUGUCAUAUUGUAAAAAUACCCGUAUUAAUCUAAGAUCCAGAGUUAUUUGCAUUCAAUAAUGUACAUUUUGUGAUGUAUUGAUUAUUUAUUCAUAUCUAGUAAUACUCUUGUAGUCUCUGGAGUUGUGAUCACCUUUGCCUGAAGUAUUUAAAGUGCUCUUGCUAGCUGAUGGUGCCUAGAUUGUACUUUUUUUUUUUUUUUUUUUCUUAGUAUCCUCAUUUGAAGUUUUCUGGAAAAAACACCCAAACCACACAAAUGUAGGAAAUUUUGGGGAAAAAAAUGUUCAAAGAAUGUAUUAAUUUGUUGACUCUGAUGAUGUUGGAAGCAUGAACAUUUUAAGAUAACAUCCCCAAAGGGUAAAAUGUACAUAUAUUUCAUAAUUCUUCUCCAUUUAUGAAUUAUGUUUAAGUCUACGUAGCCAUAAAACCCACUUUUGAUUUUUUUCUUUUUUAUAUUAAAGCUAAAAACACAUUUAAAAAAAGUAAAAUUUUUCUUUGGGAUAAGUCAGAAAUCACAACAUAAUGUGGAUAUGAUGCAGACAAGCACAUUUUCUUAUGCCUUCCUCUAUUCUUGUUGAGGUUGCUUUUGCAUUUUGUAACAGAAUGUUGUCUUGAACUAUUCUAAUAAUUGCUUUUCGGCUACUACAAUGUGUUUAUGCUGAAAUAAAGUGCAGUUUUUGAGAAAACCUCAGUGAGACGACAGCUCAGGAUAGUGAUUGUCACUUAAAUCACAAAUCCGUUUGAACUUGUAGUCCUCGCUAUUCUGUGGACCAAAAACUAAAGUAUGUGAUGCGAGUUGUCAUAGAAAAACAGACAGUUUUAUAAUGUUUUUUUUUUUUUUCUUAAGCUCUUGUACUUUCCAUGUUUCCCUCUCCCUGUCGAUAGGAGGUGUUUUUAUCAGCAGACCAUUGCUAGAAUGAAAAAACUAUUUUUUUCCCUCCAUAAUGACAUAUUUUCUAGUCUCGAUGCAUCAAUUCAAUCGUAGUUUGAUAUCCAUCAAAUCUGUCUCCUGUAUUCAGCUUGUUUAAAAUGCUGCUUCUAUCAAGUGAGACACAAAAUCUGUUCAAGGAUAUUAAAAUUACUUAAGGCAAAAAAAAAAAAUCACGUAAUUAAAUUUUAUUUAUGUUUUAAUUAUUUUUCUACCCCCUAAAGGUAGUACUUCAGCAUCCAUUACUGGGGUUUUAAUAGCAUACUCGUCUCCAUGGUUACUGUCCUAACUCCAUUCUGCACUCUGUACCAGCUGCUCCUUUAACAUCUAUUAACUUAUGAUUAUUUUGUUUUGUUUUUUCUGCUGUAUUUUAUGGUCCUAUUUGUUUUAUCCCUUUGUAUCAUGUAUAUGAGUAUUGUAAAAAGUACUUUUGACAGAAUCUGUUGCUUUUAAAUGUUUUAAAUAAAUUCUGACACAGACACUGACUGGACAGUAUGAACAGA